AUGAAGAUUUGGACUUCGGAACACACUUUCAACCAUCCUUGGGAAACAGUUGCACAAGCGGCUUGGCGAAAAUAUCCUAAUCCUAUGAAUCCUGCAGUUAUUGGGACUGAUGUAGUUGAAAGAAAAGUUGUCGAUGGAGUACUGCAUACACAUAGGCUCGUUAGUUCGAAAUGGUUUUUUCCAAGAUGGGCACAAGCGCUAAUUGGAACUGCGAAAAUAUGUUAUGCUAGUGAAAAGUCUGAAGUCAAUCCAAUACAAAGACAAAUGACUCUGAAGACGACAAAUUUAACAUUUUGUCAUUAUAUAGCUGUUGACGAAACUGUGACAUAUACACCACAUCCCACUGAUACUGCCAAAACAUUGCUUAGACAAGAAGCUGUAGUUACUGUUCAAGGUGUGCCUCUGAGCAGUUACAUGGAAGAUUUACUAACAAAUAAAAUAUCGUUGAAUGCUGGUAAGGGUCGUCAAGCAAUUGAAUGGGUUAUUGGUAAAAUUGACACUGAAAUUAAAGAUUUGGCACAUACUGCCUGUAAAAGCACCGAUGAGUUACUUUCGCAGACAAAAAAAUCUUUUGAUGAUAUUACAACUACUGCACGCAGAUCCAUGGAUGACAUUUCAUCAAAAGCAAAACGGUCAUUUGAUGAUAUAGAGAAAUUCACUAAAGCGAAUGCAAAUCAACGUAGC